CUCUCUCUCUCUCUGCCCCUAUUGAUAAUAGCUUCCGUGGUGUUGGUUUCUCUUCUUGCCAAUUGGAAUCGGUGCAUUGCCCUUCCCGGCGACCCCAUCUGAGAUUCGGUCAUACCCAGAUUGGAUCCUGACCUCUCUUUUUGCAACAUUGAUCCAGAUUUGUUCAUUUAGAAUUAGAAUGAGGUGAGAUGCCCCUAUCAGAAAUAGGAAAUAUAAUGUGACAUAGUGUUGUUAAAGCAAUGGGGAGAUAAAAUCCGAAUUCAGAAUAGUUUCAGAGUGUGGAUCGGAUUAAUGGGGAUUUGCUUUAGCAUUGAGGAACAGCUACACCAACAUCAACAUCACCAAUCUCUCAGCAAGGGUCCAGAUGGGGGACUUAAAUCUACUGCAUCUCCAACAAAACUAGAAAUGCAGGACUCUCCUGAAAUCAAAAAACCAAGCAUCAUUCCUUUGACAGCCAAGGAUGUCAAAGAUCUCCGGCAGAAUCCUGGAUAUAACAAUGUUGAUAUAUUCACUUAUGAGGAGAUGAGGUUGGUCACAAAGCAAUUCCGACCAGACUAUAUUCUUGGCGAGGGUGGCUUUGGGGUUGUUUAUAAAGGAGUAAUAGAUGAGAAUACGAGGCCUGGUUACAAGUCUAUGGCAGUUGCUGUUAAGGAGCUUAAUCCUGAUGGGUUCCAGGGUGACAGAGAAUGGCUGGCUGAAGUCAAUUAUCUCGGGCAACUCAGCCAUCCAAAUCUUGUGAAGCUCAUUGGAUACUGUUGUGAGGAUGAACAUCGGCUGCUGGUCUAUGAAUACAUGGCUAGUGGGAGCCUCGAAAAGCAUCUUUUUCGCAGAGUUGGUUGUAGUUUGACCUGGUCAAAAAGAAUGAAGAUUGCUUUAGAUGCAGCAAAAGGGCUUGCUUUUCUUCAUGGUGCAGAAAGACCUAUCAUAUACCGUGACUUCAAGACAUCAAACAUCUUGCUGGAUGCGGACUUUAAUGCAAAGCUGUCAGACUUUGGACUUGCAAAGGAUGGGCCAAUGGGAGACCAGACCCAUGUGUCAACACGAGUGAUGGGCACAUAUGGAUAUGCUGCUCCUGAAUAUGUAAUGACUGGCCAUUUAACGGCAAGAAGUGAUGUUUAUGGAUUUGGAGUAGUGUUACUUGAGAUGCUCCUUGGAAGGAGAGCAAUGGACAAGAGUAGGCCUAGCCGAGAACAUAACCUGGUUGAUUGGGCUCGUCCCCUCUUGAACCAUAAUAAGAAGCUUAUGAGGAUCUUAGACCCUAGAAUGGAAGGUCAGUACUCAGCUAGAACUGCAAUGAAGGUAGCCAAUUUGGCAUAUCAAUGCCUUAGCCAAAACCCAAAAGGGAGACCUCUCAUGAGCCAGGUGGUUGAAUUACUUGAGACUUUUCAGACAAAGGAGGUCAGUAAUGAAGAGGCAAUGCUUCACACUGGGGCCAGUGGCAUAACCCUUUAUGAAGCUCCCAGUAAUUGCCCCCACACUCCUGCGAAAAAGAGCAAUCCUGCCAGAAGUGAAAGUCACAGAGAAGGGGACGCACACAGAAGGAAACCAGGAAAUGGAAGAAGCAAGAGUGAACCUCCCAAAGAGUGUGACCUUUAUGAUCCGCCUCAUUUUGAAGCUGAAGAUAAAUCUGAAUCUAACAGAGGUUGAACCUGUAGCAAAAAUGAGUGGAAAGUUAAAAACUGUUUAAAAGAUUCACCAACAGAUCUAUCAAUUUGGUGUUCAGAGCUGCCACUUGCUCUUCCCCUUGUGGUGGAAUAUUAAGUAUUUGGUGUAUUUAUAAAUUUUAAGUGUCAACCAUGUGCCUGUAUCCAGUAUUCUUACGCUCUAGCAGCUCUUUCCAUUUUGAAAUAGUGGGGAAGAAGGUAAGCAACUGUUGUAAACUGGUCAUUAUGUGCAGCUUUGAAAGAACAGUAACUUGGACAAUCACAGUCCAAUCUUCUGUUGCAUUUGUUAAUUCAUGUGCUAGCUGAGCACUUGUAAGUUUUGUCUGCAUAACAUUGAAACUUUUGUGAAUGAAGUUGCAAGUUUCAAUUUUUGUUUUCCUUAA